UCCACAACAUCAAGAACCGCAAGCCAGAGCUCAUGAUCAGUUCCGUUGCAAGCUCAAUCUUCCGCGCAACAUCAAACAAUGGAUCUUGAAGACGGAGGAGACUCGCCUUGGGGUGGUAAGCUGCACUCCAAAAUACUCCCAGCCAGUCAUCAUCACAAUAGCUCAUCCUUGUAGAUGUCCCAUCGAAUGCGCCUACAGCAGAUACCCCAGGAUUUGGAGAAGAGACAGAGUCAUCCAAGCCACAGCCAUCCGCACUCGACACGCCCACGUCCUCCUCACAGCCCGCAAAGUCCCCCGCGAGUCGUAAUCCACGAACCCCUCGUCGACCAGGAACGCAGCAAGUACGUCUUGAAGCUCUCGAUGACUCUCUAGGACCUCUAGGACCACUGGGCGACAAUGCGCCGAUUCCACAAGCCGACCAACCUCCAGCGCCCCCACAGAAAGAGCAGACCCUCACCCAUAAUGUCAGACAGCCUGUAGCUGCAUCACAGAGCUCCAUGAGCCGGAACAUGCUGGACUCUGUGGAUCUGAGCGAUGAUGUGGAGGCUGCUGCGGGACCAAGAAUACCUCCACCCGUUCAGCCGCCGCAGACCACCCCUCUGAGGAGAGAUACACAGCCAAGUGUUAGCAUUGAGCAGGCUGCAAAGCCCUCGUUUGACAUUACGGUUGGGGACCCCCACAAAGUUGGAGAUUUGACGAGCUCGCAUAUUGUGUAUCUUGUGCGAACCAAGACUUCCUCUAAAGCCUACCGUCAACCCGAAUUCGCAGUUACGAGGAGGUACCGAGAUUUCCUAUGGCUCUAUAACUCUCUACAUGCGAACAAUCCUGGGGUUGUGGUUCCACCUCCUCCUGAGAAGCAAGCUGUUGGCCGGUUUGAUACCAAUUUCGUCGAAUCGCGGAGAGCUGCCCUGGAACGGAUGCUGAACAAGACAGCUGCACAUCCUACACUCCAGCAUGAUGCUGACUUGAAACUGUUCUUGGAAAGCGAGGCAUUCAACGUGGACGUCAAGCAUAAGGAGCGGAAAGAGCCGCUAGGGGAAAGCAAAGGCAUGUUCAGUGGGCUUGGGCUUUCAGUUGGUGGAGGAGGGAAGUUUGUUGAGCAGGACGAUUGGUUCCACGAGCGACGAAUAUAUUUGGAUGCCCUUGAGAAUCAAUUGAAGGCUUUGUUGAAAGCUAUGGAUACGGUUGUGGCCCAACGGAAGGGUCUUGCUGAAGCCGCUGGUGACUUCUCUGCCUCACUUCAUGCACUUUCAACCGUGGAACUCUCAGCUUCAUUAUCUGGGCCUCUAGAAGGACUUUCAGACCUGCAGAUCCGAAUCAAAGAGCUCUAUGACCGCCAAGCCCAGCAAGACGUCCUCACGCUCGGUAUUACGAUUGACGAGUACAUCCGUCUGAUUGGCAGUAUCAAGCAGGCAUUUGGUUCUCGUCAAAAGGCAUACCAUUCUUGGCAUGCAGCUGAGCAAGAAAUGCAGAAGCGAAAAGCUACCAAGGAGAAGCUUCUUCGCCAAGGCAAAACACAACAGGAUCGCCUAACGCAAAUGCACGCCGAUGUUGCCGAUGCCGAGAGAAAAGUUCACCAAGCGAGGCUUUUGUUCGAAGAUAUGGGGCGUUUGAUGAGAGGCGAGCUGGAGCGAUUUGAGCGUGAGAAGGUCGAGGACUUCAAGAGUGCCGUGGAGACAUUUUUGGAAAGUGCUGUAGAGGCUCAAAAGGAGCUUAUCGAGAUUUGGGAAACGUUUUUGAUGCAACUGGACGCAGAAGAAGACGACAACAUAUUCUACAAGCCACCUGUGGAGCCAUCUGCCCAAUCGACACCACCGAGCGAAGCAACCCAACCACAAGCAGCGGCAGUAGUAACAGCAGAAGAAGAUGACUAG